UGGCUUUUCUCUCCCACACAGCCUUCAAUUCCGUUCACACACUCCUCCUUUUGAAGUUUCUUUGCAACCCCAAAAAGUUAUAACCCUCUCUCUCUCUCUCUCUCUCUCUCUCUUCUAAACCAUCACCUAUUUUCUCUCUCUCUGUCUGCCAUGGAUUCCGGCAACAGUAGUAGCAUGCAAUCUUCAAGCGGUGGUGGUGGAGACCAAGAGGAGUACGACUCACGCGCCGAUCAAUCUAUCUCUGCUUUGUUUAACAACAACGCAACCACCGUCUCUUCCAAUAUCGCCGGUCAAACACAUCUUGACUCUCUUAUGGCUAACUAUUUCAACACCGGUUGGUCAACGGAUAAUCCUCUCUGGUCAACAACGAGUACAAAUCUCAUCGCCGGCUGUAGACCACCACCACCCCCGAUGCCAUCAGAACCCGUCUUCUUCACAAACACAGUUCAAGAGAAUCUGAGAGUAGUUUCAAACACAAACACAAGUACUAGUCCCAUUAGUUCUGUCCCUACCGACAAGAAAACCGGUCUGGCCACAACACGGAAUCCAAAGAAGAGAUCUAGAGUCUCGAGACGAGCGCCUACGACUGUUUUGACCACCGACACUUCAAACUUCAGAGCCAUGGUUCAAGAAUUCACUGGUAAUCCUUCUACUCCUUUCACCGGAUCAUCAUCUACUCCUUUUUCAAGAUCAAGAUUUGAUCUCUUUGGUCCUUCAUCUUCGUCUUCAUUCUCACGACCCUUGAAACCCUUUCCUCACAAACUGAUCCCAUCAUCAUCGACGGGUCAUCAUUACUCAACUCCUCCCCCUUCUACAGAUUAUCACCAGAGUCUUCUCCGUAACAUGAACAUGCAGAACAUAGCAGCGAACCCUUUUCUCAACAGCCAAUCCUCUAACAACGUCCCUUUAGUGGAUCAGUCGCUGAGCUUGAGAACGAGUACUGGUUUUGGAUACGUGGGAGCAAACUCUGAGGGGCUUCACAACAUUAUCGCCUCGUCUUCUUCAUCCAUGAUGCAGCCAACCCUAAAUAUUAUUCAUGGUUCAAACAAGAAUUAUGAAGCCGAUAAUAAUCUGGUAAGAUCCAUUAGUGGAGAAGGGCAACAACCCAUGGUAGAAAGAUCCGAUGGCUACGCAGCGUUGGUUGCUUCUGGAUCGGAGAAUAAUACAACGGAUGUGAGAAAUGAAGGUAUUGUGGAAUUACCGUGGAUCUCUUCUUCUGAUUAGUAUCAUUCUAACUUUGCUUAUUACAUUAUGAUCGUAUCUAUUAUAUUAGCCACAAAAAAAAAGGAAUAGAACAUCCUAGCGAAAAACAUCUGAUGAAAGGAACAUUAAUUAGUAUAUGGAAUUAAGAGUAUGGAAUCUUUUAUAUUCUAAAGCUUCUAUGCAUGGUCUAUAAAUUACUUUCUAUAUAUUGGAACACUGUUUUUUUUUGUUCCUUUUAAUGUCAUAUUGGCUUUACUCCGUUUGUUGGACUGGAUUUGUGUAUAUGUAGAAGUGGACUUUAUAUGUGUAGUUUGUGUGGUUUUGAAACUUUGCCGGCUCAUGGUUAUGGUGUAAUUUUGAAUUUUCAAUGGCUUCGUGGUAUAAUUUGAAAUUUCAGGUUGUUUAGUGAUUAGUUACAAAAAUUCAAAGAAGCGUGUGUUUAAGUCUUUAAGACGAGCAUAUAUGUCUUAAGGGACCCAAAUAACAUGCUAUGAAAAUGUUUGCUCACUUGUUAAUUUAUGUUGUGCAUGAACCCUAAAAAGACUUUCCACUAUUAGUUUAUUUGCCUAGAAAGAAAAUAUGUACAGAUAGAGUGAUUGGUGGCGAGAUCGAGGGAAUCGUUAGCCGCUGCUUAUCCUAAAUUGAUCAUCAUGUUUUAUUUGUAUCUCACAUAAGUUAUAUAUUUACAUCAUCUUUUUUUUAAUUUUGUAUUAUAAAAUUUUGAACUAUA